UUUGAGUUCUAUUCGAGCAUAUCGUUUUCAACAUUUCUAAGUAGUCCCAUUUUGAGAUUCACACCAUUCUUAACCAGACUGUCGUGGUCUCUCCCAUCUGUCCGUCCAUUUAGUUCUUCAUCCACCUAAACCCUAAAAAGCCAUGGCGCCGGAGCAAGUUAAUCGGUGCCACCUGAUAGCGAUGCCAUAUCCAGGCAGAGGCCACAUAAACCCGAUGAUGAACUUCUGCAAACUUCUAUCUUCCAAAAUGUCCAAUGUUCUCGUCAGCUUCGUCGUUACAGAAGAGUGGUUAGGAUUCCUCUCCACCUCCGAUGACAUUCUGCCUGAAAACAUCCGAUUUACCACCAUCCCGAACGUGAUUCCCUCCGAGAUUGGCCGCGGAAAAGACUUUCCUGGAUUCAUCGAGGCUACCAUAACCAAGAUGCGGGAUCCCUUCGAGCGACUCCUUGACCAAAUCGAGCUUGACCCGGAUCUUCCGCCUCCAAGUGUAAUCUUGUACGACUUUCAUCUCAUUUGGCCCGUCGACGUCGGGAAUAUACGCAAUAUUCCAGUCGCCUGUUUCUUCCCUAUGUCGGCCAUGGUUUUGACUGUCCUCUGCCACUUUGACCUCCUCGUCAAGAACGGCCAUUUCCCCGCCGACGUUUCAGAAGGAGGAAAUGAGGUAAUAGAUUACAUUCCUGGACUUCCAUCGAUGCGUUUGUCAGAUCUACCAACUUUCUUCCACGGCAAUGGCCGGGAAGUCAUCGGCCGAGUUCUAGAAGGCGUAACGUAUGCAAAAAAAUCACAAUACCUUCUGUUAGCAACCAUCGACGAACUAGAAUCAGAUGCCAUCGCCGCCGUGAAGUCCCGUCUUCCCAUUCCUGCAAUCUACUCAAUCGGCCCUGUUAUUCCUUACUUCAAUCCAUCAGUUACCAAACAUGAUGAUGAUGAUGGGUAUUUACAAUGGCUAACAUCUCAUCCUAAAUCUUCUGUUUUGUACAUUUCACAAGGAAGCUUCCUAUCCGCCUCAACCGCCCAAAUGGACGAAAUCAUAGCCGGAAUCCGCGAUUCCGGCGUUCCAUUCUUAUGGGUUGCACGAGGAGAAGGAGAUAAGAUCCGAAAAGGAUGCGGCGACAAGGGACUCGUAGUGCCGUGGUGCGAUCAACUUAGAGUUCUGUGUCAUGAUUCGGUUGGUGGAUUUUGGUCGCAUUGUGGGUGGAACUCGACGAAGGAAGGGAUGUUCGCCGGAGUUCCAUUUCUGACUUACCCGAUUUUUUGGGAUCAGAUGACGAAUUCGAAGAUGAUCACAACGGGUUGGGGGAUCGGGUGGCAGGUAGUGAAGAAAUUAGGUAUGGGAUCCGACCAAUUGUUGGUCCGGAGGGAAGAUGUUGCAGAUUUGGUGAGACGGUUUAUGGAUUUGGAGAGCCAAGAAGGAAAAGAAACUAGAAGAAAGGCUGAAGAAUUGCGACUGCUUUGCGGUCGGGCGGUUUCUGAAGGCGGGUCGGUUCAAGUUAGUAUUGAUGAUUUUGUUAGGAAUGUGAAGAUUUAAUUAAUCUACUAAUCCUUCCCUAUUCUCCAACCAAGACUAAUAUUAUGGUGUUCUUUAAUAAAAAUUGAUUUUCUAACC